UCUUAUUUUGUGGUAAAAAAUUAAGUGAGUGAAUAAUGGCAAAUAAGUGAUUGUGAAAUGUUUAUAUUUGGUUGUUUUCAGUGCGAGGCGAGAAGCCUGGCAUGAAUGUACAGUUAACGGAAAUUGAGAUUAAAGGGCUAUGCUUGAAAUCAAGAGAAAUAUUUCUGUCACAACCCAUAUUACUUGAGUUAGAAGCACCAUUAAAAAUUUGUGGUGACAUCCAUGGUCAGUACUAUGACUUGUUAAGGCUGUUUGAGUAUGGCGGUUUCCCACCAGAGUCAAAUUAUUUGUUCCUCGGCGACUACGUGGACCGCGGCAAACAGUCUCUAGAAACGAUAUGUCUGCUACUGGCUUACAAGAUUAAAUAUCCAGAGAACUUCUUCUUAUUAAGAGGGAACCAUGAAUGCGCUAGCAUUAAUAGGAUUUAUGGAUUCUACGACGAAUGCAAAAGGAGGUAUAACAUUAAAUUAUGGAAAACUUUCACGGACUGCUUCAACUGUUUACCAGUUGCCGCGAUAGUUGACGAAAAGAUCUUCUGUUGCCACGGCGGCUUAUCGCCCGAUCUACAGGCCAUGGAACAGAUCCGGCGGAUCAUGCGACCGACGGACGUGCCUGACCAGGGGCUGCUCUGCGACCUCCUGUGGUCCGACCCAGACAAGGACACGGCUGGCUGGGGCGAGAACGACCGCGGUGUCAGCUUCACAUUCGGUACUGAGGUGGUGGGCAAGUUCCUGUCGAAACACGAGUUCGACCUGAUCUGCCGCGCGCACCAGGUGGUCGAGGACGGUUAUGAGUUCUUCGCGAAACGGCAGCUCGUCACACUGUUCUCCGCGCCCAACUACUGCGGCGAGUUUGACAACGCCGGUGCGUUGAUGUCCGUGGACGAGACGCUGAUGUGCUCGUUCCAAAUACUGAAGCCGGCCGACAAGCGCAAGCUGUACUCCGGCCUCAACAUGGGCCGGCCCAACACGCCGCCGCGCGCGCAGCCCAAGAACAAGAAGAAAGAUAUAUGAGACCAGCCAAUUGAGUUGAAACCCCAGGCCGCCAUCGCAUCGAAGUCGACGACUUGCAUGGAUUCCCACGCUAAUUGUUUUCUCUUUUAUCAUUCAAGACACCCGUUCCAAAUGUUGCAAUAACAAGCAAGCUACAUUAAUACAUUUCUUCCACUAAACACGCUUUGUACUGUUGGUUUUACCACAACAAACACAUAUUUAUUUUAAAUUAAAUUAAGAUUAAAUGAAAUCACAUGAGUUCACUACGAAUAAUUUUUUUUAAUUGUCGCUCGCUUCAACAAUUGCUGGACAAUUGUGUUCAGUGUAGACAUAUGGGCUUGGCUUUCGAGAUCUAUGCCUAAAAUUACUAAAUUGAGAAAAAAAUAGCCGCCUGUCAAAUGCAUGCAAGCGGCCUUGUGUGUGAAAAGUACAUCUUUAAAUAUCGAAGUCCGUAGCUUCAAUAGCGUUAAGCUAUAUAAUAUAAGCCAGUGUUGCAUGUAAGAAAAAUAUUAUAUCAAUGGCUCAGGGGAGUCCAAGUAGGAGCGCGUAAGGUGUGAAUGUUAGUAUGUAUCUCUUGUAUGUUCGUUCGUAUGUCUGCUCUUACGCUUGUGUCGUACUCAAUAUCCAUUAUAACUAUAAGGCGUUGUGCGAUUUCAAUGGUACAUUAAAAAAAAAUUCAGCGACUGUUUCACUGCCGAUACGAAACGGAUAAAUCCCAUAAAAUACGUUUGUAACAUUGAAACCGAACAAAUUUUAUGACUUUGAGUAUAUUUAAUAUUGGAAUAAACAUUUAUAAAUACUUAAGUAGUAAGCGUAACAUUGUGAACAGCCUAGGUCUGAAAAACGACUAAAUUUUCAAGUGUUCAAUCGUCCUCUAGUGCUUGGACGCUUGUUAGAUCAUGAUGUAGUGUGCUUUGGGCGUACUUUGUCUACGCGAUCCCGCGCUAUUUUAUUUUAAUUCAAUUUUAUUUUAAUGAAAUCCCUCCUACACGGACCAGUAUCGACUGCAACUUUUUUAUUGUGACAAUUGUGUUGUGCAAUGGACUUAAUGCAUGGAUGUUUAAUAAAUAAAAAUCUUAAUUGUGUUUUAAUAAAAUAAUUUUAAUUCCAGUAGCAAUAUAUGAAUGUUAAUGUGUAUUUUAAAGUUUUUUUUUUUCUGAAUGAAAAUAGCAGUGAUGGUCCGAAUGCACCUUAAAAUACAUUCGAGCGCGGGUAGCGCUAAAUUGAAUCAUUAUUUAUUUUCGCUAUGAAUCAGACUGAGCCGACUUAAAUCAAUGAUUUAUUGAUGUAUGAACAAGAGAAUUGUAUAUUAAUUUCAUAAAUAAAAUACUUUCUGAAAA